GCUCUUUUUGUAUUCAAAGUGGGCCACAGUGUCCACCGCAAAUCGAAGCCCACCAUCACCAAGACCCAUCAUUGGCGUUGCUAUGUCGAGAGCUGGAACAAGAAAUACCCACUUUCGGCCUUUGUUGAAAAGGUCACUUUCAAACUGCAUGACACCUUCGAGAAUCCCAAACAAAUUGUUCGCAAGGCUCCCUUCGCCAUUGAGGAAGAUGGAUUUGGCAACUUCCAACUUCUGAUCGAAGUCAAUUUCCUUGACUUGGUCACUACCUUCACCUAUGACAUUACACUCUUUGAGCGCAGUGAACUGCACGCCUAUCGAACUGUUCGUCUGGACACCGCCCCGGAGGACUGGCCACGGUUUACCCGUUUGGGCGGAGUGAGUUUUUUGGGUCUAUUGAUUGUAUUUUGA